GGUUACCAUGGAGAUGACCCGGAAGUGGAUGUGUCCAGCUGUACCUGCUCCUCUCUCUGCAGGGCUGCGCCUCCGCUGGCCAUGUCUGGAAAACUGAAGUGGGUGACGGACAUCGAGAAGUCUGUGCUGAUUAAUAACUUUGAGAAGCGGGGAUGGAUCCAGGUGUCAGAGAGCGAUGACUGGAAUUUCUACUGGAUGAGCGUGCAGACCAUCAGAAACUGCUUCAGCGUAGAGACCGGGUUCCGCUUGUCCGAUGACCAACUUGUCAAUCACUUUCCUAAUCACUAUGAGCUCACCAGGAAGGAUCUGAUGGUGAAGAACAUCAAGAGAUACAGGAAAGAACUGGAAAAAGAAGGUAGCCCGCUCGCAGAGAAGGACGAAAAUGGCAAAUAUCUAUACUUAGAUUUUGUGCCGGUCACCUUCAUGCUUCCAGCUGAUUAUAACUUAUUUGUAGAAGAAUUUCGGAAAAAUCCGUCCAGCACCUGGAUCAUGAAACCCUGUGGAAAAGCCCAGGGAAAAGGGAUAUUUCUCAUCAAUAAGCUCUCACAGAUUAAGAAGUGGUCUAGAGACAGCAAGACUUCCUCGUUUGUCUCACAGUCUUCUAAGGAAGCUUAUGUUAUUUCCUUAUAUAUCGAUAAUCCCUUGCUGAUCGGUGGGAAGAAAUUUGAUUUACGUCUGUACGUGCUUGUGACUACAUACCGGCCGCUCAAGUGUUACAUGUACAAGCUUGGAUUCUGCCGAUUCUGCACUGUAAAGUACACCCCGAGCACAAGCGAGCUGGACAAUAUGUUUGUGCAUCUGACAAAUGUUGCCAUUCAGAAACAUGGGGAUGACUACAAUCACGUCCACGGCGGGAAAUGGACAGUCAGUAAUUUACGUCUGUACCUGGAGAGCACGAGAGGACGAGAAGUCACUCAUAAACUGUUUGAUGAAAUUCACUGGAUAAUUGUGCAGUCCUUGAAGGCAGUAGCGCCGGUGAUGAAUAAUGACAAGCAUUGCUUUGAAUGUUAUGGUUAUGAUAUCAUCAUAGAUGACAAGCUAAAGCCGUGGCUGAUUGAGGUUAACGCAUCACCAUCUCUCACGUCCAGCACGGCCAACGACCGUAUUCUGAAAUACAACCUCAUCAAUGACAUUUUGAAUAUCGUUGUUCCAAAUGGGGAGAUCCCGGACUGCAAGUGGAAUAAAGUCCCACCCAAAGAAGCUCUGGGAAGCUAUGAAAUCUUAUUUGAUGAAGAAGCUGCACAGGCCGAUGGGUCAGAACGGGACCUGAGGAACCGACCAGGACAGACAUUUGGCUUCAAAGGCAGCCGAACCAAAGAGUCUGGGAGAUCUGCACCCACGACUUGGAAAUAGUUGGUUUAUAGGGAAAUGGGAAUGAAGUUCUACAGUCUCCUGAGUGGAAGGGGUAUUUGUUUGCCGGAGGUGGAGAUACAUCCACAAAAAAAAAAGACAUGGAGACAUACAAGAUGAAAUGCUGUGUGAAAGCGAUGAUAUCGACUGUGGAAGAAGAAUUUAUAGGGAAAUUGCCGAGACGGGAAGUGGCGGUGCACAAGGCUAUGUAUAUUCCAUCUGCACGCGGACAUUAUGCAGAAGGUGCAUGCUGAUAGCUGCAAUAGUCUGCACAGGAAGGACAUGGUGUGGAGGAAAAUGUCUUCCUCUAUAAUCCUUCCAUCUUCAGUGCUGAUAAACUCUGGAAAUGUUAUUUAUUCAGAAGAGGCUUACCAUUAUA